UCCUCCCUUCACAUAUUGUGGGAUGGAUUGUUUCGGCCCGUUCUACAUUAAAGAAGGAAGAAAGGAGCUGAAGCGUUACGGGCUUCUGUUUACCUGUCUAUGCUCUCGUGCGGUGCACAUAGAGCUACUCGAUGAUAUGUCAACCGACGCUUUUCUAAACUCACUACGUUCUUUCAUCGCUUUGCGUGGGAAUGUACAUCAGUUGCAGUCAGAUCAAGGCACCAAUUUUGUUGGAGCCAGACGUGAGUUUUUGGAAGCAGUAAAGGAAAUGGAUCAGGAAAGUCUGAAACAGCUAGGCUGCGAGUUUGUGAUGAAUCCUCCCUCUGCCAGUCAUAUGGGUGGAGCCUGGGAAAGGCAAAUUCGUACGAUCCGAAGUGUAUUGACAACCAUUCUGGAUCAGUCAUCCAGAUCAUUGGACAGUUCAUCUCUAAGAACCUAUCUUUAUGAAGUGAUGGCGAUAGUCAACAGCAGACCUAUCACCCCACAUCUACGCAACGAUCCUACUGGACCUCAGCCACUUACACCUAAUCUUCUGUCGACCAUGAAGUCGUCAGUAAUACCGCCACCACCAGGAGACUUUGUAAAGGAAGAUUUGUAUCUUCGCAAAAGGUGGCGUAGAGUCCAGUACUUGGCCAAUGAAUUUUGGCACAGAUGGAAGAAAGAGUAUUUACUGAGCCUACAACAAAGACAAAAGUGGCACAAAACAAACAGAAAUGCAAAGGUCAAUGACAUAGUGCUCGUACAAGAUGACCAAGCAUCAAGAAACGACUGGAAGUUUGCCAAAGUUGUUGCCAUACACCCGAGUGAAGAUGGAUGUAUACGCAAAGUACAACUGUUAAUGAGUGACUCAUUGUUAGAUGACCAUGGAAAGAGACUGAGUAAACCAGUUCUACUUGACAGACCUAUACACAAGACUGUGACACUAUUAGAAGCAGAUUAGUUUACAUUUCAUAAGUUCAUGGGUGAAAAUCACAAGUGAUUUGGUGGGAGUGUAGCUGCCGUCAAAGGCAACUCUCGCAUUUAAGUUCAUUUUAUUGGAUUUAAUGUUGAAACAAUUAGUAGUUGAAAUAUUAAGAAAUAAUAAAUAAAUAGUAAUUCAUGUUUGUUGAUUAGAUUUAUAUGGUUAAAUGUGUAUUUGUGCUAACUGUGCAAUUAGAUAGGAACCUUUUCUAUAGUUCCGUUUGUUGUUGCUAAGAGGGUAUUUUUUGGCUGUCACACUCAGCAAGCUAAUUAAGAGACGAGCCACGAGGUUUGCAUGUCUACAGUAAGAUAAAUAAAAGAGUGCCUUUUUUGGACUACCCCACGACGUUAGGAUUAAAGUUUUAUUCCCUUUGAGUGAGGCCAAUGAGUUCUGACGGCAUUGUAUCGGCUGUGGUUGGACAUCAUUACAUGUUAAGGCAUG